AUGUAUGUCCGGCUGGUCUCAACUCUCAACCCUGUUCUCUCCAAGAAAGUUACACCUUUGCCACCCUUUGCAAGUGACACAAAACCCCCCAAAGACCUCCAAACAAGAAACGAACGUGAAGAACCGGAAAACCAAAACCUUACAGAAUGUGAAAGCGUAAAAAGCGUAAAUGUCAGAACAAAGAUUCCAAUUCCCAAAAAUGCAUAA